AAAAUAGUCUUUUGCUAUGUACUUUGUCUAUGGAUACCAUCAAAAUAAGAGGAGUUAAUUAAAUGACUUACAUUUUUAUUUAACUUCAUUGUUUUGUUGGAUAAGGUUGGAUACAACUUAGAAGCGAUGAACGAGGGCUUGAGUACAAUUACUGCCGGAACAAGUGUGGAUAUUAAACGCACAGACGGACGCGUGCACACGGCGGUGGUGUCCGGGGUCAACUAUGAGACGAGAAGCGUCACGGUCGAGUGGUUCGAGCGGAACGAGACCAAGGGCAAGGAGAUCGAGAUCGAGACGUUGCUGGCGCUGAACCCGGACCUGAUCCCGGGACACCGCAUCGAGCACGGCCUGAGCCCCGCCAGGAUCAGCCGGUGCGCCACCCAGGCCUCUAUCGGCCUCGCGAACAAGGGCAGGGACUACAAUGUCGCCAACAACACAGGGGAGCGGCCCGUGUACCAGCGCAUGACGCGCCAGCAGGUCCGGCAGACCAACAUCAUGAACGGCCACUCCGAGCCGCAGCAGCAGAACAACACGCUGCGAGGCACGGAGAAUGUGGCGCCCGCGCCAAGCAGCUCCAACCUGCCGGUGGCGCUCAGGCAGCAACAACAGCAACAACAGCAGCAGCAACAGCAACAACAGCAGCAACAGCAGCAGCCGUUCCAAACGCCUGCCACGGCAGCGGCGGCGGCGGGCAACAAGGGGCGGCGCAGCAACGUGGUGAAGGAGGUGGAAAAGCUGAAGAAGAACCGGGAGGAGCGACGACAGCGGCAGGCGGAGAUGCAGGCUGAGAAGGAGUCUCUCAUGAGCAUGGACCCAGGCAACCCCAACUGGGAGUUCCUCGCCAUGAUCAGAGAUUACCGCAGCAACAUCGACUUCCGGCCGCUGAGGGAGAGCGACGCUGUGGAGGACCACCAGAUCACGGUGUGCAUCAGGAAGAGGCCCCUCAACCGGAAAGAGGUGCAGCGCAAGGAGGUGGACGUGAUCUCGGUGCCGACCAAGGACCAGCUGGUGGUGCACGAGCCCAAGCUCAAGGUGGACCUCACCAAGUACCUGGAGAACCAGCACUUCCGCUACGACUACAUCUUCGACGACACCUGCACCAACGAGCUGGUGUACCGGUACACUGCGCAGCCCCUGGUGCAGACCAUCUUCGAGGGCGGCAUGGCGACGUGCUUCGCGUACGGCCAGACGGGCAGCGGCAAGACCCACACGAUGGGCGGGGACUUCCACGGCAAGACGCAGGACUGCAAGCGCGGGGUGUACGCGAUGGCGGCCAAGGACGUGUUCCGGCUGCUGAGGUCGCCGCGCUACAAGGGGCUCAACCUGGUGGUGUCGGCCAGCUUCUUCGAGAUCUACAGCGGCAAGGUGUUCGACCUGCUGGCCGGCAAGGCGAAGCUGCGAGUGCUGGAGGACGCCCGCCAGGUGGUGCAGAUCGUGGGGCUGACCGAGAAGGUGGUCGACUCUGUGGACGAGGUGCUCAAGCUCAUCCAGCACGGCAACACCGCCAGGACGUCGGGACAGACAUCUGCGAAUUCCAACUCGUCGCGGUCUCACGCAGUAUUCCAGAUAGUGGUGCGCACUCCGGGCGUGUCGCGAAUCCACGGCAAGUUCUCCCUCAUCGACCUGGCGGGCAACGAGCGCGGGGCGGAUACCUCGUCCGCCAACCGCCAGACAAGGAUGGAGGGCGCGGAGAUCAACAAGUCGCUGCUGGCCUUGAAGGAGUGCAUCCGCGCGCUGGGGAGGAAAGGUGCUCACCUGCCCUUCAGGGCCAGCAAGCUCACGCAGGUCCUCAGAGACUCCUUCAUCGGCGAGAAGUCUCGCACGUGCAUGAUAGCGAUGGUGAGCCCGGGCAUGAGCAGCUGCGAGCACUCGCUGAACACCCUGCGCUACGCGGACCGCGUGAAGGAGCUGGCGGCCAACGACCCCCUGGAGAUGAAGAGCUCGCCCACGGACGACGAGGACGCGCUGAAGGCGGAGGACCCCGUGAGCAACGGGGACAACGACCUGGCGCAGCUGCGCUCUCUCAACGAGGGGGAGCUGUCCCACGACCUGCUGACCUUCCACGAGGCGCUGUCCCAGCUGCAGGCCAUGGAGGACGACAUGUUGGACACCCACAAGAGCGUCAUGGACAGCGUGCCGGCGUGGCAGCAGGCCCUCGAGCGCCUCUUCCGCCAGACCCACCAGGUGGACUACGACCAGGACGCCUACUCCAAGCAGCUGGAGAUGCUGCUGUCUGCGAUGGUGGACGUCCUGAACGAACUGAAGGCCAAGGUCGGCGGCUUCCGCGGUCAGCUGGCCGCUGAGGAGAUGAUCAGUCAGAAGAUGAAGCGCCCCGGCGCGUCCAGACUGAACUGAGUCAGCUCACCCCGCAGCCGGAAACACAUCACGCCACGGACGUUGCCGCAUCCAUACCCUCGCUCGGCCGUCCACCGUUUUUUAAAAUUAUUCCUAGUUUACUUUUACUUUGUUUAUGCCAGAAUUUUUUUUUUAUAUAAUUGUAGUUUUAACAAUGCUAAAAAAAAGGUGUUACAGCUGGAGAAGUGUGUAGUUGAAUAAAUGAAGGAAAUUGUUUUUGACGCUCUUAUUAAAAGGAAAAAAAAAAUUGCCACAUUUUAUUAUUUUUAAAUUUUAUAAACGUUAUGAUCAUUGUAAAUGUCACUGGCUAUUAUCAUACUGUAACACGACCUUGUGGCGUUGUUUUUGUGAUUGAUUUAAAUGUAACUGGAUGUAAAACUUUUUGUUCGCAUAUCAACCUGUAUGUAAUUAUUGCAGAAGUUAAUUGUACAUAUUUUUAAUUUAUGAGUAAAGAGUAAAAAAUUUUGUAUGUGCGAGUUUACAAUUUUAGUGUCUAAAUUAGAUUACUUUUUGUACCCCCAAAAGUGAACUGAUGUUUUUGUUACUUGUAUAACAGUUGAAUUAUGUUGUAUAAUAGAAUAGGUUGGGAGUCUAUGGCUGUACAUAUUUAAAUUUUUUGGUAUAGAAAUGUCUGUUGAAAACUGAUUAAGUGGUCUUAACUGCUGCAUGUAUUAAUAUUUUGUUGCAGCUUAAGAAAAAAAUUAUUUCAAAGGUACUAGGAAAGACAUGAAAUAGCUCUAAUGAAUUGUGGCUAGCUACGGAUAAUUUAAUAUUUUGUUUGAAAAUUCCUUCAUAUGAGACAGAGCAUGGCUACAAUGGGUAAUUGGACUGUCUGUUAAAUGUUAAUUGGCUAAUUUGCUAAAUUAAAAUCUUAGUCUUAAUGACUUACCUUGAUAUCUGAGAGGUGAUAUAACUAAAGUGCUACUGAUUAACAAGGGUGCUAGCAACAGCCACGUACUCUCAUGUGAUAAAAAAAAUUCACUACCAAUUAAAUUCAUAAUUUUUUAAUUUGUGUUUGAUUUAUAAUUUUUAAGCUGAAAUGUGUUAUUUUUACUGUAAUUUAAGUUUAGUAAUGUCAUUUUUUUAAUUAUUUAUUAUAUUUGUAAAUUAGAUUAUUCACUACAAAUAAACAUUUAGUCCAUCA